UUUUGAGUGUGGACAUGAUGGGGUUCAGUGGGACAUGCGGACACACGUUAACAGUUUGGCGCGCUUCUCAUAGUUUAGUCUGAUGUCCUGAAUUAACAGCAAAUGUGGAGGAGUAGGUUUCUCAGGGGGACAGCCUGUCUCUCACAGGGGGCAGGGCACUGUAGUCCCUGUAAACCAUCUCAGCUUCCUCCUUGGAGAUAUCUCUCAGUCUACCAGCCAUGCUUCCACCCAACGCUGCAGUACUCUUUGAGAGCACAAACUUGGUAUAGCUUUGAAAGCAAAUUAAGGCCAAUAGUUGCCUUGCAUUUCUGCAGAACUUUAAGAAAAGAUGCAAAGUCUUCAAUAGAUUUCUCUCUCCACCCCCUCACAGUGACUGACAUCAAACAAUAUCUUCGUUCUAAAGAAAUCCCUUUUCAUGACGGAUACAGCUGCUUACAUGCUCCUAGUAUCUUUCUGGAACUGGCUCCUGAGGGUUCUGGAAGAGAAAAUUACUCGCUGUACAUUGAUAAAACCACUGGACAGUUUCUUUGCAAGGAGACUCUAGUGGAGGGGAGCUGGGAAGACCUGCAGGAUUGCAUAGAGGUGAUGUUGAAUGAGGGUCAGGCCUACAUCAGCCCUAAUGUGCUGUUGGGUUUUCCAGAGAGUCUGGAGGAGCAAGAGGAGAGAGAGAUGGAGCUGAGGGAGGUGCAGCGGAUCUGGAGUAGCUCUGUGCCUUUUUCUGAUCUCCAGGAAGAGGAGGCACAGCUUGUUAAAACCAUGUUCCAGAUUGGGAAACUCACCAAUGCCACACUGAAGAAGUUUGGGGUCAGGUUUUUUAAGCCCACCAAGAGUUUGGUGUUUCCCUGGUUUAGUGGGCGUGACUUAAGUCUCCGGGGUGUUAAACUGCUUUCUGCUGCCACGAAUGAUGACAGGCGGGUGGUCUACACCGAAGCCACAGUUCCAAAAUUAUCAAACUACCACAAUCUCUUUGGCCUCCCUCUGAUUGGAUGGAAGGAUGUUGAGGUAGUGCUAACAGGGCGUGAGUUGGACAGCAUGGCUGUAAGUCAGGCCACUGGCCUCCCAUCUUUAGCAUUGCCACGGGGUGUCAGCUGUCUACCCCCAGUACUCCUACCGUAUCUGGAGCAGUUCAAGAAAGUGACAUUGUGGUUGGGGGGAGAUAUGCGCUCCUGGGAAGCCUCAAAAAUCUUCUCUAGGAAACUUGGACUUAAGCGCUGCUCUCUGGUCAGGCCAGGAGAGUUUCAGCCGUGCCCAAGUGAGGCAUUGUCCCAGGGCAGGAACCUAGCACGCAUCAUCAAGGCUUCCAUUCCUGCUGCCCACAAGUCCAUCGUGUCCUUCAAGCAGCUCAGGGAGGAUGUGUAUGGAGAGCUUGCAAAUGUGGAGCAGGUGGCUGGAAUACAGUGGUCUAGAUUCCCAGAGCUUAAUCGAAUUCUUAAAGGUCAUCGCAAAGGGGAGCUGACUGUUUUCACAGGUCCCACAGGCAGCGGAAAGACCACCUUCAUCAGUGAGUGUGCCCUAGAUCUGUGCAUGCAGGGUGUCAACACAUUAUGGGGCAGCUUUGAGAUCAACAAUGUGCGCUUGGCCAAAAUUAUGCUGACCCAGUUUGCCAAGCAAAGGCUGGAGGAGAACCUGGAUCAAUAUGACAUGUGGGCUGACAAGUUUGAGGACCUGCCUUUGUACUUUAUGACCUUCCAUGGACAGCAGAACAUCAAGACUGUUUUGGAUACCAUGCAGCAUGCUGUUUACCUGUAUGAUAUCAGUCAUGUGAUCAUUGACAACUUGCAGUUUAUGAUGGGUCAGGAGAACCUGUCUUUGGACAAGUUUGCAGUACAAGACCAUAUAAUUGGAGUCUUCAGGAAGUUUGCCACAAAUAGCAGCUGUCACGUGACUUUAAUUAUCCACCCUCGGAAAGAGGAGGAUGAUAAAGAGCUGCAGACAGCAUCCAUCUUUGGUACAGCGAAGGCCAGUCAGGAGGCAGAUAACGUGCUCAUCCUUCAGGAGAAGAAAUUGGUGACGUGUCCAGGCCGUAGAUCCCUGCAGGUAGCUAAGAAUCGCUUUGAUGGGGAUGUCGGCAUCUUUCCCUUAGAGUUUAAUAAAGCCUCGCUUACAUUCUCGGCUCCAGUGAAGGGCAAGCAGAAGCUCCGUCAGGUCAAAGUGGAUAAGAAUAACAGCGGAGAGGAAAUAAAGGAGACUGAACCCAAAGAAAUAAAGGAGACUGAACCCAAAGAAAAAAGUAAUAAAGCUCUCAAGCCUGCCAAAGUGAAGACAUCAAGGACAGUUAAGGGGUCAGCAGCAGGAAAGGAAGCUGCAGAUGGAGAAGGAAAUAAUCAGUAGUGUAGAGAAUUCAUAUAGAUGAAUUGACUGAGAGAUCAAGCGAAGCUUAUGUGAGACUUCUAGUUGCCGUAGUGGUCAAACCGUAGAAGCUACAUGAAUCAUUCUAUGAAACGGGUGCUAUUUGGGUCCGCAACAUUUGAUGAGAUGCAUACGGCUCAAAAAAUGUCCCAAAGUGUGUUUCCAAAGUGUUCUUGUUAACAUGAUAUAUGAUAAAAAUACUGUUCUUAAAGAGUAACAUACUAUUUUUAAUCAUUUUUCGAUAGUACAUAGCCAAUUUCACAUGUCCAUGUUGACCAACAUGACAUUUGCAUCUAAAAUAUCACCAAAUAAGUUAUAUAUGUUUUUCAAACAUUUAUUAUUUUCAGGAUUUUAUGUGUGUCCCUGUUUACAUAAGAUAUAUUUCUUCAAAAUAAACCUUAUUUUUUGUAAAUAUUUUAUGAUUUGUGUGUGUCCCUCAGUUUGACUUACCACCCCGUCACACUAACUUGUUUUAUCCAUAAAUAAUAUACUGUUGCUUUAAAUGACAUCACAAAGCGGAAGUGACAUCAUUUGAGCCUUGUAGCCACCAAGAACCAAAGCAGGCAAGUACCAACAUUUUUUACAUUGUUUAUUUGUUGCUUUUUCAUGUUAGGCAGGGUCCGUCAAGCUCAAACCAACCACCCCGUCAAGCAAAAUAGAUAGGGAAAACUUUUUUAUUAAAUUUUUUUACAUUAUUAAUGCAAAGAAAAUUAUAUUUCAGAUUGAAUGCAUUUAUGCUAGGUGAGGAACUUGACCACAUGUGAGAUCUGCGGCCAUUUUGGGAUGAAAUUUACCACCCCGUCAAGUUUUAUUGUGAUGUGGUGGUAAGGGAUGUGAUGGGGUGGUUCUUCUUCCCGUUUGAAUGGUAGGAUGUGUGAAAUCAAGGAUUCUAAUAUAGGCUAAUCAAUUUAUUUUCUGUUAACUUAACCCUGUUUGGUUCAUUCACUCACUCACCAUAUCACUCACACACUCAUCACUCACUAUCUCACUCACUAUCUCUUUAACUGACUCUGUGUUUAAUGAAGAAUGUUACAUUUUAUAACAUUUGCAGAUAGAUCUGUCUCCAUCAUGGCUCCAUUAAGCACUGCUGAGAGUCAACGGCGUUGCCGUGCACGUCGGGAUGCUGAUCCUGAGAGUAGGCAAAAUAUCUAGAGAGUGAGCGUCAGAGAUGGAGACGGGAUGUAGAGCAAGGAAAACAGAAGAAGAUUAGUGAUCUAAGUGAGCGAGGGAAGAAGCAGCUGUGUAAAAAGUGGAGGAAGCAGAACAAGAAGAGAAAGCAGAGGCUAGGAAGCACAGUCUGGACACCUUUUCUCUGAGUCCAGAUCCUGUCCAACAGUCAAAGCAGCAGUUAGGAUCUUAAAGGUCAGGGUAGUGCGCAGUUAGGAUUAUAAAUAAAUGGACACAUGUAGAGAAUAAGAAGCAGGCCUAUCAUUGAGUAAUUGUUUUUACAUAUGGUGUACAUGACUUAAACCCCUAAGUUACCAGUAGAUUUUUGUUUUGUUUCAGGCAACAUAAAGAAGGAAAGCGAAUUUCCAGGAAGAACAGGGAUACACUACGCAAAGAAAUUUAAAAACUAAAGAAAUCGCUAGAGAAGGAAAGAAAAUGCGCUGACAAAUACAGAAAAAGAUACAAGCGCUUAAAUAAGAAUGACUCUCCUCGUUCAAAAAUAAAUGAAUUAACUAAGACAGGCAGAGUAAGCUCCAAAAUCAGAAAAAGACUACUCUAUCAUGAAGCCUCGAUUGAAGACACUAAGUACUGUAAAGCAAGAAAAGAAAAAGAAAAACAACUAAUAGCAAAGGUAACAGCGGGGAGGAUUGUGAAGAAGUACAGGCUACAAGGAUUUGCUGAAAAUGCCUUCAGAUUUUCAAAGAAGCAUCGCAGUGUUCAGAGUGAAGACCUCUGUUCCACCAACAGAAAUCCCACAAACAGGUUCACUGCUGCUACAGGUUCAAGUCCAAAGUCAAAACAUUCUUCACCCGAGAUGACAACAGUCGGAUAAUGACUGGACAAAACAAACAAUUACCAGGAACAAGGUGAAGAAGCCGAAAAGGUUUCUGGUUGACACAAUGAAAAAUCUUCACAAAAAAUUUCUCACAAAAAACACAAACAACAUAUCAUACUCCCUUUUCUGUAAGCUUCGCCCAUUUUGGGUAGUACAUCCCACUCUCUUUGAACGGAACAUAUGUCUGUGCAAGAUUCAUGAAAAUCUCAGAUUUGUCGUUGAGAAGUUGCAUAAUUUGAGGCUCAUAGAUACUUCAUAUCUCGAGAGUUUGACUAAAAUGAUAACCUGUGACACCUCCAGGAAAAUGUGCAUAUAUGAUGAGUGCGAGGAAUGCAAAGACAAGACUGUUCAGCUCUCCAGAUUUGAUGGCUCAGCAAAGGUUGCAUUCACUCAAUGGGCCACAGCAGAGAAAGCAAGGGAAGAUGUGAGGGAGGGUCCUACCACUGUUAAGAUCACAGUGAAGAAAACAAUGGAGGACACACAAGACAAUCUUGUUGAGUUAUUCCACACUCUUCUUCAUAAAUUAAAAAGACACACAUUCAACAUAAAUCAACAGUACUCCUACUGCAGAGAGUUGAAAAAGAGCCUGUCAAAAGAGGAGGCAGUGAUCCACAUUUUCUUCUCUGAAAAUUACACAUGCAAAUACAGCUCAGAGAUUCAAGCUGUCCACUUUGGCACCUCGCACCAACAAGCUACUCUGCACAUUGGUGAUUUGUACAUACAGGUGCAUCUCAAUAAAUUAGA